AUGUUCGAACCUGUACGCGGAGGGACUCGUGGGGGACAGGCAGAGUUCAAGUGGUCAGAUGUAACUGUAGACAAAGACAGAGAGAACUACCUGGGGCAUAGUAUCAAUGCACCUGCUGGUCGGUGGCAGAAGAACAAGGAUAUUCACUGGUACAACAGGGAUCUGGACGACGGUGAAGCUGCAAGAAAGGAAGAAAUACGCAAAGUUAAGGAAGCCGAAGCCGAAGCACUCUCUGCAGCACUAGGUUUUGAAGCCACCCCUAAAGGUGCCCAGGAAGCUUCCUCGUCUACCACUAGGCAGCCUGAGAACGCCGAACCCGACGAUUCUGAGAGGCUACAGCGUGCUCAGGAGAAAGAAGAGAAGCGCCGCAAGAAAGCUGAGCGCAAAGAGGAAAAGCGCGCGCGCAAAGAAGCUCGUAGAGAGCGCCGGAACGAUGAGGGCGCACUCCGGCACCGCUCUUCGCGCUCACGCUCUCCUCGUCCCCGCAGCCAUUAUCAAGAUGGAGAUAGAAGGUCUAGACACAGCCGCUCACCGCACGUACCUUCCGAGCGACGCCGUGAUGUCCGAGACUACGAUGCGGUAGAAAGGGAGAGGGAACGAGAGAAUGAUCAUCGGCGGUGGAACUUUCACUCAAGGCGAGAUCUGCCUGACGCCCGAGAUAGACGUGAUUAG